AGACGGUUGGUGAAAAUGGGACGAUAUUCAGGAACCGUGAGGUUUUUGGUUUGGAUACUUUGCUGCCAUUUCUGCCACGGAUACACGACAUUGUGGGAUGUGGUUAAGAACGAGUUCUCCUUACAUAAGAUCGCCCGUGCAAUAGAAGAAAGGGAACUAUCUUACCUGUUUAUGGCCGAUAACAUCACGAUCUUUCUACCCUCCAACGAAGCCUACUUUGACUUUGUACCAAAGUCGUUUGGCUACAGUCGUAAUGACGUCAACAUGUGGCGGGAACUCGUGUUGUACAGCUCAGUACCGGGCGCUCUUCUACUCGAGAACAUCAGAGACAGAGACAUGUUGGGGUCCAGACUGGGGGCCGACUUCAAAAUCUACUGCAACAAGUACACGGAUAAAAAGGGGCAGUUUACCACAAUGAACGGUGCCCGCUUUAUAGAGAGUGACAUCCAGACUGAGAACGGCGUGUUGCACAUCAUGGACCGAGUGCUGGCGCCAAUGUCCAGCAACAACACGCUGGCCGAGUACAUAGAGAGCCCCACCAUCCCCAAACUGUCAUUCGAGUCCAUCAUCAAGGCGAAGAUCGUGGUGCCCGACCUGGAGGCAGAGACAAGGAAUGCCAGCCUCUACUUCACCUCCUUCUCGCCCAACGAUUCCUUCCUCCUGGCGAUGCCCUCGUACGGCAAAGACCGGAUCUUCCUAGACUGGGGACUUUUAGAGAAAGUCUACAGGGCGCACAUCGUCCCAUACUCCGUCUUGUUUCUUCCAUCAGUUGGACCGAUGCCAAACAUCCAGGCGUCGGUGGGCACUCUCAGCUUCACCCGAUAUAACGGCCAGAUCUAUGUCUACAACGGCAUGGUGAGGGCGCGGGUUGUCCAAGCCAACAUCCCCGUUGGUAACGGCGUGCUCCACGUCAUCGACAACCUCCUGUACUUCGUCUACGACAACGUUGUGCAGCGACUCGGCGGUAUGCAAGAAACCAGCAAAAUGUGGGAGUACAUGAAGAAACUCCCCGACAGCAUCCAGGCAAGGCUGAACAGCACCAACACCAACUACACCGUGUUCGCCCCCACAGACUGGGCCUUCAGCAAGAUCCCCACGUCCCAGCAGCAGGAGCUGGACCGGGAUGACGAGGAGGGGGAGAAACUCCUCAAAUAUUUACUGUUUGGCCACAUCAUCCCCAAUGUGCAGCUAGACGCCGCCAUGUUGUCCCACGACCAGACGCUGACGACGAUGGACAAUCGCAGCAUCCACAUAAAACACGUUGACGGAGACACGUACCUUGAGAGCGGGUCAGUGAGGGCGAGGCUUGAGAUGACCAACAUCGGCUGCACCAACGGCGUCAUCCACCUCAUCAGCAACAUCCUCUUCUUCAAGAACUUCACCAUCUGGGAGGCCAUCGAGAACAUCCCACAACUAAGUAUUAUGUACUCCUUCGCUAUACAGUACUCGGAUAUAGAGGCCAAACUCUCAGCAGAAACAUCGGGCGCAUUGACGAUGUUCAUGGCGAGCGACUCGGUUUUGAAGACCACGUCCCGGUCCGCCCUGGACACCCUCAACUCUUACCCCCAUAUGGUGCAUCAGGCACUGAGGGGUCAGAUAGUGCAGGGUCAGUUCAGUUCGUCCAGUAUAGCCAGCUCUGUCCAGGUGGGGACACUGGCCGGCAAGAGUCUCCGCAUCUACAAGGAGGAUUCCAGCACCGGCACAGAAGAUGAAGAUAUGAUGGUGGAAGGAAGUCACGUGAAAGCUCGCGUGAUUGUGAAGGACAUCUGGUGUUCAAACGGCGUACUACACAUAGUGGACGACAUUCUGCACGUGGCCAUCAGGAGCAUUAUAGAGGAGAUGGACAGGCGACCGGACAUCAGUUACACGCGGACCAUGUUCCGGGUGAUCCCAGCCUUACAAGACCAUCUGUCCCAGCUGGCACAGAGCUUCACCGUCUUCAUACCUCACAAUGACGCCUACGCCAGUCUCCCCUGGGCUUCUGUCAACUCACUACUGAAGAACAUCAACAAGACCAAGGAGCUGAUGCAGGCACAUAUCGUCACGGGCGUUGCAAAGAACAUGAACGAGCUCGCCGACAGACAGAUGCUGACUGCGGACAAGAAUGUCAUAUACAUCAUUAAGAAGGACGGAAAUGUAUACGUCGUCAACAACAACAUGUGGGCUAAGGUGAUCGUCCCCGACAUCCCGGCUUCUAACGGUGUCAUCCACAUCAUCAACAACCUCGUGUACUACCCCUACAAGACCGUGAUGGAAAUGCUGGACUCCUCGGACGAGCUGCGUGCGUUCUACUCGAUGAUGUCAGGUCUCCCGGAGUUCAACGACCUCGUCAACAAAGGGGAGAGAAAUCUUACAGUGUUCGCGCCAUCGGCAGACUUCCUGAACUCACUCGCCAUUUCGAGACUCGACCGUAUCAGAAACAGUACGCAUGUUUUAAGAAAGUUAUACAGAGGACAUCUGUUUCCGUCAUUCCGAUUGGACGACGAGUUCCUUCGGCGCUACCAAGUAGAGGAAUAUGUAUCUCGAAGUUCUCUCAAUAUGACAUUCACACUGCGCAGGUCCGGCGAAGACACCUAUAUUGACGCAGGUUACACACGGACCAUGUUCCGGGUGAUCCCAGCCUUACAAGACCAUCUGUCCCAGCUGGCACAGAGCUUCACCGUCUUCAUACCUCACAAUGACGCCUACGCCAGUCUCCCCUGGGCUUCUGUCAACUCACUACUGAAGAACAUCAACAAGACCAAGGAGCUGAUGCAGGCACAUAUCGUCACGGGCGUUGCAAAGAACAUCAACGAGCUCGCCGACAGACAGAUGCUGACUGCUGACAAGAACGUCAUAUACAUCAUUAAGAAGGAGGGAAAUGUAUACGUCGUCAACAACAACAUGUGGGCUAAGGUGAUCGUCCCCGACAUCCCGGCUUCUAACGGUGUCAUCCACAUCAUCAACAACCUCGUGUACUACCCCUACAAGACCGUGAUGGAAAUGCUGGACUCAUCGGACGAGCUGCGUGCGUUCUACUCGAUGAUGUCAGGUCUCCCGGAGUUCAACGACCUCGUCAACAAAGGGGAGAGAAAUCUUACAGUGUUCGCGCCAUCGGCAGACUUCCUGAACUCACUCGCCAUUUCGAGACUCGACCGUAUCAGAAACAGUACGCAUGUUUUAAGAAAGUUAUACAGAGGACAUCUGUUUCCGUCAUUCCGAUUGGACGACGAGUUCCUUCGGCGCUACCAAGUAGAGGAAUAUGUAUCUCGGAGUUCUCUCAAUAUGACAUUCACACUGCGCAGGUCCGGCGAAGACACCUAUAUUGACGCAGGGUACGAGCCGGCCUAUAUCGAUCUGAUCGGGCGGGGUUACGGCUGCAGUAACGGCGUCAUCUACGUGAUUGACGGCUUCCUCAACUACUCUCCCUUCAACCUCAUGGAGAGGCUGCAAGGGGACUCAAACAUAGAGCACUCUCUGGGAUACCUGUUGCGGCUUCUGAACAAUACACCAGAAACACUACUGUCAGGAGAAGACAGGACCUUCACCUUGAUCAUCCCCCGCAAUCAAGCACUGAGAAAACUCACGUAUACAGAUUAUAUGACGUUGGAUAAUUUCCCGCCGUCAGAGAGAAUGAAAGUGUUCUGGCGCCAUGUUUUAAAUGACUCCGAGGUGACGUACCAGGAUUUGAAGCAGGGGAAAGUGCGGUCUGACGUUCUCCCCAAGGAUGUUGUGCUGGAAUCAAACCAAGACGGUGUAUUUUUCAAAUGGCGGCACGUGCAGUCGAAGGUUAUAGAGUCAGACCGCCUUGCCUCCAAUGGCGUCAUCCAUAUAGUAGACAGCUUCCUAUUUACGACAUCAGACCCGAAAACGACACCAAAAUCUACGACACAUUUGCCCACAUCAACAACAAGGGCACUUCCGGUUGCCGAAACUGGGUGCGUGCUGUACCAUCCUUGCCUUACAGUGUUACUGAUGCUCUCCCUUGUUACAUUCAGCCUCUUCACGUGACCACUGAAGCAUAAUCAUCACCCAAGCGUAUAAUAACAAUAAUAUACAACGUGCGCAGAGCACAAGAAAUCCCAGUGUGUACAUAGGUGUGAAAGACUUCAAACCAAAGAGGAGGAUGUCUGUUCAUAUGUGUUACUUGAAUGCAAUACUCAUACUUGUACAUUACAAUCAUUAUAUAGCACCGUCGCGUAACUGGUAUUCAAAAUGCCGGUUUGGUCACCUUUCUUAAUAUCCAUGUUAAUCUUGUAUGAUAAAGUUUGUUUAUAUGUGGCGCCAUCUGGUGUUUAUGUCAGUGGGACAGACGAGAAAUACGGUGGUUACUUCACUAUGUACUGCAUGUAGUGGUCUUUCGCGUAUGUCUAAAUUUUGUGAAGGGGUUAUCUCCCCUUGACCGUCAUCAUAGUGGGGGAACAUGGUGUAUUUGAAACCAUGUCAGCCUUACUAAGGGAGGUAAGCUCAACUGGAAGCCUCGAAGGGGUUUUCUGCCUUACAAUAUGUUUUCUGCAUAUUUAUCACGAUGAAUUGAAAAAGAUACCUCACUUACAGCCCUAUGUCGGCGUCAACCUCAAAUCCAAAACAGCAGGAUGCACAAGAGGAUCAUAUUUCGCACAGCUAGGUCACGAGGUUAUAACAGGAGUUACCUCCCUUACAGCUACACCUCACUGGCUCGAAAGACACCACCGUUACCUUAACGUUACAAUAACGUACGAGGAGUUACCUCCCCUCAUAGCAUCACCUCAACGAUGUUACAACAAAAGUACGAUGUUGUACAAGUAGUUAUUCCUCUUAGAUGGAACCCCGAGCAUAUGAUUAGUGAACGCAUACGCAACUAGCAGUGCACACGCCGUUUUCAUUAUUGUUGGAAAUUUGAAUAUUUUUAUCCUAGUGAUUCAGUAUCCAGGUCUGUUGCUAAUGCCUCCCUACAUAGUAUCCGAUUAUGGUAGAUAUCUCCAGUUGGGGGCUAUUUUCUUUUUUGGUAAAAAAGUUAUUAUCCGAUUGCAUUUACAAUUACCAAUAUUUUACGUUUAAAUACAAGAAGUUUAUAUUAUACAAAGGUGGAUGUUUUCUUUCUAGGCAGCCGUGACGCACAGAUGUAUUGAAUGACUGCGUAAAUGAAGCUACGUUGCGUCCUGCCUUUUUGAAAAUGUUUUCAAAUUAUGAUGCUUCAGUCUUUAUGACUUCAUAUUUUACAUCUGUGCUAAUAAAUACAUAGAUACACCCAGGAUUCAACACGGGUCAUUCUAUGGCGUCAAACGUGAUUUAUAAUGAGAUUUAACUGGGUUUUCGUCUAUUACAAGACGCCUAAUCUUUUACAAUUUAAUCUCUGAUAGAUUUUGACACUUACUGAUUGUCUCGAACUAUGUCGUAAACACGUUUCCAUGUACGACAGUUCGAGUUGCGCAGUGACAACGAAACCGUACAGGGAAACCUCCUAUACACUGGUAUAUAUUUACUAUGGACGACGUUCUGCAUGGAUAAGUGUUCCAGAUAGAUACAUAUCAAAUACCAGUUUCAUAGUUGGCAUAUCAACUGUAUAGCAAACAUCACAAAAGACCUUUGACCCCGCUGAUCUACAUAAGUCAUGCAGUCGAUAACUAAAGCAGUUAUUGAAACACACUUCGGAUAGGCAUAACAUCACUACCACAAGCUAAUUAGCAUGUCACGUGACAUGACGUAGUUUUUGUUUAUUACCAAACGGGUUUAUUCUAUGAUCAGAAAAAUAUGGACGAGUACAAGCCUUUAGACAUUAUUUUGCUUAAUUAUAUUGUAUGCCACUACAGUUUGCGACAGUGAAGCUCAUGACAAAUCAUAUUUACACAUCAAAGAGGCUAUCCGUAACUCUCAGUAGGGCUUCGAUGAGCUGAACGUACGACCAGUGUGAACAAAUAUAACACCGCAAAUCGAAAUGUAGUGUGUUACGUUUUAGGAUGUUUUUUCAAUGAAAAUAACCCGCUCCAUUCCACGUGUUUAUCCAUAUGUGCAGACUAGUUAAAAUGACAUCAAUGAGCAACAUAUGCACCAUCUUGAAUAGCCAGUGUAAGAUGAGAGGAAUCGUUACAUGGCGGAUGCCUGUGACAGAGCUAAGGUGCUGGCAACAUGGAAGUUUGGAAGGAGAGUUCUUGAAGGGCUUGUUUGUUGGCAACAGAGCACGUUCUGCACGUUCAGUCGACAGAGCACGUUCUGGUUACAAGCUGAGCAUAGAUCCCACGUGAUCCGUCACACUUGAUUAUAGUCCGCUGUUCAAUUAAAAUGAUUGUUUCUUUUGACCACAGUCCGCCGUUUAAUGAAUUGUUUUUCCGUUUGACCACAGUCUGCUGUUCAAUGAAAAUUAUUUUUUUCCUUUGACCACAGGCCGUUGUUCAAUGAACAUAUUUUUCCUUUGCACUCGGAAAUCCUUUUGUCCGAAACAUGAAUUUGUAACGUUAUUUUCGCAAAAGUGAUUGAUAAUAAUUUUGCGCCGCAAGUAUCAACAUUAAGCGGGGGCACGAGAGUUCAGCUUCACAUACUGCAUCCAUGCCGUGCAGUCGUAAUGAUCUGGUUCAUGGUGAUAUCAAAUGUUUAAUCUUCUUAGUGAUAACAGUUUGAAACAAACAAAUAUGACUGUUAUGACUACACAUAAUUAUUGAGACAUAUCUUUCCUCCGAUGAUAUUUUGUAUGUUUUAAGUUUUGUAUAUUGUGAUGUAUAUCCGUUGAAUGUUUAUUACAUGUGUAAACAAAACACUGCACAUACUUUCAAUGUUUGUCAUUAUUAAUUGUUUAUAAUGUUAACGAUCGAUGUGAAAAUCGAUCAACCCAUGUGAUUUAGCUGUUGAUGAAUAUACAAGAGCUGGUAGACGUUUAAAAAUACGUUCUUGACCGCCAACCAUACCCACAUUCGCAUGUACAUGUUACUUAAGGCAUUCAUGAUACAGCGGAAGGCACUAUAUGUUUUGGAAGGAUUCUAUGGUGGGGAGGGAACGGUGAAACCCCAUAAGUCUGGUAACCUUGGAUUCCGCGUGUCUAUAUCGUUGUAAUACCGGACAAUGGAUCUGUUCAUGGUAUGUCUGGAUAUUUGGUCUUCGCAUACUGUAGGUUAGAAUCACUGGCGUGGUCUGCGUCCUCAACUAGUGUUAAAGAUGGGUCCAGACAACGUUCAAAAGUGCCAACCUAAAAACGGUGUUGGAAAUAUAGUGCGUGGCUGGAUGAUUUGGCAUAGCGCCGCCAUGAACUCGAUUUCAGUUGCUUGCCAGCUUCGAGUAAGAGAAAGUGAUACAUGUCUUCCAAGAUGCUCAUAAGCGAGAAACGUCAAUAUGCUUAUCAUAUGUUUCUGUGAUAAAGACCUCGGUGCCGCCAACGGCAGGUCUAUCCAUGGACCUUCGCUAUAUCAGAUGGGUUUCGGGAUUUGCAUAAACCUGAAAUCGGGGUUAACAUUGCUGUAGUAACAUGUGGUUAGCAAACAACAUACCCGAGUCCAUCGUCACAGGUACUGUCAACAAUGGUGACGUAUGUGACGACCCUAACCACCUCCAGUCCAUCCUUAAUCCAUUCAUCCUUGGGGCGGUGGUGUAGCCGAAUGGUUAAAGCGUUCGCCCGUCACGUCAGAGACCCGGAUCCAAUACCCCACAUGGGUACAAUGUUGAAGCCCAUUUCUGGUGUUCCCCGCCGUAAUAUUGCUGAAAUAUUGCUAAAAGCGACAUAAAACCAUACUCGCUCACCCCUAUUCAUUCUUAUCCAAUAUGCCCUCACUUGAAUCAAUCAGUCUUAUUCCCUCUGUAGAACAACGUUCCACCUGUAUCGCAAAAAAUAGCAUUAUUUCAUUUUAAGAAAAUGACAUUGCGCGGACAAUGAUCAAGUAAUCCAAGCUCACCACAUCUUCUUCCCGAGAUCACAAGCAAUAAAUAUGCUUUUUAUUCUUUUAAUGUCUGAUUUAACGAUGUAUCAAUCACAGAUGAAGGAACGUUGAAUUUGCAUAAAUGCAUUUCUCUGUGUCACGUAAGUAGAAUGUACAUAAAGUCAAAGAAAACAUGUGAGAAGAUAUGCCCCUUACAUACUUGCCUUCUUGCAAUAACCAUAUGGAUGUCCAGACCUUACCACCGACUGUACAUAGUUCGUGUCAGGUGUCAAGGUCACUGUACAUACUGCUUAUAUAACCCACCUACCCUGGUAUAUUAGUUUAUGUUAUCACAACAAUCAAAUAAAACAAUAAUAAAGAUUG